AUGAAUAUCUCACCACCAAAUGACACCACAAUUACUACUCCAAUCUUCGGAGCAUUGAAGGAUUCCUCGCCUAUGACACUUCAAGAGUCGAAGGCCAUUGGUACCAACCCGCCAAAUGGAGGUAUUCGGGCAUGGCUCCAGGUUGUCGGUUCUUUCUUUCUGUUUUUCAAUACCUGGGGCCUUAUCAACUCUUAUGGGGUUUUCGAGACAUUCUACGAGGAAACCUUGCUCCACGGAACUGCUCCAUCGACAAUUUCAUGGGUCGGUUCUUUGCAGUCAUUCUUGAUUAUGUUUCUUGGUGUCUUGACGGGGCCGAUCUAUGAUGCCGGCUUUGUGAUGCCAUUACUGUAUAUUGGCUCAUUUCUGGUAGUCUUCGGUCAUAUGAUGCUUAGUUUAUGCCAAAGCUUUUGGCAGGUUCUCUUAGCACAGUCAUUCUGCGUUGGAAUCGGAGCCGGCCUCAUUUUUGUACCCAGUAUUGCGAUUCUUUCGACAUAUUUCACGACAAGAUUGCCGCUAGUCAUUGGCAUAGCCGCUUCAGGCUCCAGCAUAGGCGGCGUCAUCUACCCGAUUUUGAUACAUGAAUUACUCGGCAAAGUCGGAUUUGCUUGGACGAUUCGCAUUGCUGGCUUUGUAGCCCUUUUCGGGCUUUGCAUUUCCUGUGCAGUGCUCAGGGUGCGCACUCUUCCUGCUAAUCGCCGAAAAUUGAUUGACUGGUCUGCCUUCCGUGAAGCCCCUUACAGCUUUUUCAACAUCGGUCUAUUCCUCUGCUUUAUGGGUCUGUAUACGCCUUUCUACUACAUUCAAUCUGUGGCGAUCCAACAUCAUAUAACAUCAGAGACUCUGGCGUUCUAUUUGGUGCCGGUUAUCAAUGCAGCAUCGACUUUUGGACGCCUGGCUCCGGGAUAUGCUUCCCAGUGGAUUGGGCCACUGAACAUUCUUAUUCCAUGCGCCUUUAUCUCAGGCAUUCUUGUUCUAUGCAUCAUAGUUGUUCAUGCACAGGGGUCUUUAUUGGCUAUUUGCGCUCUAUAUGGUUUCUUUUCGGGGUCACUUGUCUCGCUCAUGGGCCCCAUCCUCGUCAUGCUUUCCCCGCACCGUGGGGUCACUGGGACAAGGAUGGGUAUGUGUUUCACGCUAUUGGGGGUUGCUUUAUUGAUUGGGACGCCAAUCGCCGGCUCAAUCUUGAGUUCACAUGGUGCCAAUAUGGUCUGGGUAUAUAGUGGCGUUUUGACCCUUUCUGGAGGGGCGAUAAUAGGAGCUGCUCGGUUUAGUUUGGCCAGUGCAAUUCUUGCAAGGACCUAA